GUUCACAGAUCUGUCUCGGGGCCGCCUAGAGACACAGACCGACAAGCGGAUCUCGUGUGGACUCGAGUCCCGACGGAGCGACUUCUGCAUUCGGCCGGGCCACGAGUCAUCGCGGACCGGAGGCGUCACGAGGGCGUCAGUGGCCAAAUGUUCGGUGAACUCGGCGUGUAUCUCGGCCUUGUUACCGGCCACGCGCACAACAAGUGGAGGGGGGUAGAUAAUGGGAUUUUCAGGCUUGUUGCCAACGGGAAGAGUCAGUUUGGUGACAAGAAACAACGACAAUCAAGGAUGCCUCGACGAGGCGGCUUUGACUUCUGA